UUAGUGGCAGCAAUACUGCCUCUCUGUAUUUCUUUAGAUUUUGAUUUUUUUGUGGGAUUCUCCAUAAUUUUCAAUACCUGCUUACUUCAGUUAAGCGUAAUCUGUUUUUGAUUUUUUUUAAGAACUAACACAGGAAAUGGGAACUGACUCAAGCAUUAAUAUUUCUGCAUCUUAUGCGGGGAAAAGUGCUUUUACUCAACUUGAGCACAACAUAGUGGCUGGGUAUCUUAUUACUGCAGGUAUCAUCAGUUUAGCAAGCAACAUUGUGGUGCUUUUAAUGUUUGCCAAGUUUAAGGAACUCCGCACUGCCACCAACUUCAUAAUAAUCAACUUGGCUUUUACUGACAUCGGAGUGGCUGGUAUUGGUUAUCCCAUGUCAGCUGCAUCAGACAUCUACGGGAGCUGGAAAUUUGGCUACACUGGUUGCCAGAUAUAUGCUGCACUCAACAUCUUUUUUGGCAUGGCCAGUAUCGGCCUGUUGACUGUGGUGGCGAUUGAUCGCUACCUCACGAUCUGCAGACCCGACAUAGGGCAGAAAAUGACACUUCAGUCAUACAAACUUCUAAUUCUGGCAGCAUGGUUGAAUGCUGUGUUCUGGUCUUCAAUGCCAAUAGCAGGCUGGGCCAGUUACGCCCCCGACCCCACUGGAGCUACAUGCACCGUCAACUGGAGACAGAAUGAUGUCUCCUUCAUCUCCUACACUUUGACAGUGAUUGCUGUGAACUUUGUGGUUCCUCUGUCUGUUAUGUUUUACUGCUACUACAAUGUGUCAGUUACUGUCAAGAGAUACAAAGCCAGCAACUGCAUGGACAACAUGAACAUUGACUGGUCAGAUCAGAUGGAUGUCACUAAGGUAAAAAAUGUCCAUUGUAAUGAUUGCCAUGUUCCUGGUUGCGUGGUCCCCAUACUCCAUGGUGUGUCUCUGGGCAUCGUUUGGAGAUCCAAAGACGAUACCUGCCUCCAUGGCUAUUAUUGCUCCACUCUUUGCGAAGUCGUCCACCUUUUACAACCCAUGCAUUUAUGUAAUUGCCAACAAAAAGUUUAGAAGAGCCAUCAUGGGGAUGAUUAGAUGUCAAACCAGGCAGCAAAUCACCAUCAAUACCCAGGUUUCCAUGACAACUUCCCAACAACCUCUGACUCAGUGACAUACACAUAUGAAUGUAACGUUGCCUCAACAUGAUUCUGCUCUGACAUUGAACACUGUUUAAAGCACUGAUAUAAUUACAUAACAUGAAUCACAAAGUGUUUCUGUUUCUGUUUUCGUCAUCUUUCUAAUGAAUAACCAUUGUGAUGUGGAGAUUGAAUUUGUGGUCAUAUUGUAGUCAUUGUUAGUAGUUAUUAGUAGUUACUUUAAUGACAAAUUACAUGAUGAUGAUUUUUUUUCAAUAAAUUAACAUUGACAUACUUUCCUCACAAUCACUGGAAAAUUUUACACGAAAUUGACAUGAAAGUGACAGAUACUAAAAACACACAAAUAUAUUUUAGAUGAAUCUAGAUUUUUGCAAUUCCUUAGCCUUAUUUUGUGUUCACAUUAUCCUUUUGUCAAAUGGUGUUUUCAAAUAUACUGUAUAUAGAUCACUGAUUCAAGAUAUAGAUUCAAAUAUGUACAGUGUCUUGUAGAAGUUUUUGUGUACUUCAGAAUUUUCUACAUUUCUGCAUAAAAACGAGAAUGAAUGAAAGAAAACACAGUCAAAAAAAUUUAAUGAAAAUAUUCAUAUCUGUGAUUGCUGUUCUCACUAUGGUUACUAUCCAGAUUAGUAGAUCAUUAAAAAAAAUAAUAUCAGUAUUUGUAUAUUCCUGAUCAUUUAUCAGAAUUUAUCUAUAUAUAACUCUAUUGAACGUUAUAUUAUUAAAGAUCACAUAUGCCAAUUUUCAAUUUUUGACUGGUAGUGUAUGUUAUUAAUUUAUUUAUUUUGUAAUGAUAAAAAAAAAAAAUCUCUUAGUACAACAUGGCUACACUAGAGACAAAGGAUCAUAUAUGAAAUUGAGGCCCAGUGUUCAACCAUGUGAUGAUGGAGAAUCAUGACAAGCUUUUCUCAGGGAGGAGGAGCAGAGGGUUUUUCAGAGCAAUAACACACGACACUGACUAGCCACGCCUAACUUACGUGUUGAACUGUGUCCAUUCAACCUCGAGUCCCAAAGCAGCACAAUAUAUUUUGCAGAUCCUCAUCAUCACCGGACAUGGACAGGUGCGAGGUGAUAGUUCAUGUAUCUUUCAUUUAUUUGAUAUUGUAUUAAGAAUCCUAAAACAGAAAAGAAAAAAAAACAUUAUUUGUUUGUCCUCCCUUGCCAGGAGUGACCACCAUGUGAUACAGAAGAGUAAAUGAGAACUAGCAAUCACUUUUGGUUAAAUUGUUGAAUUGCCAUUAGUUUAUCCUCUGUUGAGCAACUUGUUUUUUUUGUUUUGUUUUGUUUUGUUUUGUUAAUAGCUUUUAUUCUGCAUUAAAACUAGCUUCCUCCAUCUCC